AUGCGCCGACGCCCUGACAUGGAUCCGCGAGCUCGGCACGUUUCCGUCAAACUGGAUGGUCCUCACAUCGUUGCCGGACAUGUCAGAGGUUGUGGAAUUUGUGGCGUGGCAGUCUUUUACCAAACCGAUGUUCGAUUGCCUGGAAUCGGCCAAGUGAGCAAGUCAUACUUGGUGCUGCAUGCAGCCGCGCGAGUACUGGGUGUGCGCCUGAAGUGGCACAAGAUCGUGCACUUUGGCACUGUGGACCAACCAACCUGGAACGCGAUACAGUUUACGCACCUUCUGUGCUUUGCCAAAACAAAGGGACUUCUUCGUGUGGGUGUCGGGACUGAAGAAGACACUGUUGUGGACUUGGGAAGCACGAUGCCAGACAUUCUGCAGAGGGGACCGAAGCCACCCGGCCUUCGGAAAGCUGCCUGCUGCAUGGGAGUCAACGCAACUGCGUCUGUCCUGAAGUGGGCGGUCCGCCGACUGCCAGGAGUUCAGACAGUCAUCGACCCUUUCUGUGGUGCCGGGACAGUGCUGGCAAUUGCGAAUGAGUAUGGCCUGGACGCCAUCGGAGUUGACAUCUCGCCAAAGCGGAUUAAGCAGGCCAAGCAGUUGGACGGCGGUGCCCUCCUGGGCAUUCCAAAGGUCGCUGGCGGGAAAGUUUGA